UUCAAGUGUGGGCGAGGCAGGAAAUAGGAAAAAAAUACACAAGCAUAACCCUCAAACGAAGGAAGAGCAAGGACGUGCAGACGCAACACAGAGUUUUUAACCAAACAUAUACCAGUGACGCUGUAGAUGAGACAAUGGAGGGUCGUGGAAGAGAUGAAGCUAUGAAGAGAAAUCAAGAUGAACAGAGGCCUGUCAAUGUUAAAGCAAGUGGUGGUUCAACUGUAUUUGCUCCAGUAAUGAUUGGAAACAGCAUCCAAGGCUCAUCAACCGUCAGCUACAACUCAACCCCUGUUGCUGUCGCUCAGCCGCCUGUGCAGCAGGAGACCAGAAGUACUCCAGUGUCUGUGGAGGAGCAGCCCAUCCAGUCCGACUGGAAGAGACCAUUAAGCAUUACUCCAUCCAGCCAAGAGUUUAAGGACAGAAUUCUUACAGAAAAGGAAAAAGACAUUUAUAUGCCAAUGGACAAGUCUCAGAGGAAACGUUUGGCACUGCUGAUCACCAACAUACAAUUCAAGCACUUAACUUACAGGAGUGGAGCAGAGGAAGAUGAGAAGAACAUGAAGUGGCUGCUGAAAGCUUUGGGUUACAGAGUUAAGAAACACACAAAUCUCUGUGGAUGGCAAAUAGAGGCUGCAGUCAAGGAUUUCGCUGCACUUCCUGACCAUAAAGACUCGGACAGCACCUUUGUGGUUAUAAUGUCUCACGGGGAAAGAAUCAAUAAUAAAGAUGCCAUUGCAGGUGUCAACCAUGAUCCCGAGAACAACACCAGUGAUCUCUUCUUUGUUGACGACAUCUUCACUCAUCUGAACUCAGAGAAUUGUCCUGCUCUGAUUGACAAACCAAAGGUUAUUCUGAUCCAAGCCUGCAGAGGAGAACACCCAGAAGGUGAUGAAAUACAAUCCGACGCCAUUGCUCACACAGAGAAAGACUUCAUCCCUUUUAAGUCCUGCCUCCCCGGUGUCAGUGCGUACAGGGAUCCAGUCCAUGGAAGUUUUUUCAUCAUGUACAUCGUGGAGGUGUUCUGUAAAUGGGCUCAUGCUGAUCACGUUGCAGAGUUGUUCAGGAAGGUCGCCUUACGCAUGGUGAAUGACCCACGAUUCAAAGGUGUGAAAAAACUAAUGCCGUGUAUUGACAGGAUGUCCUUUCCGAAGCACUUCUACCUGUUCCCUGGACUCUGAGCAUGUGCGGAUUAAAAUCAGCUUAAGGCAAGACACCACAGGUUGACAAUAAGAAUGAAAAUGAAGCAUUAUCUAAACAAAUAUGCACUGUAGUAGCAAUAAUUUUCGUUGUUCUCGGGCAAAGAAUUGACUCAGGUCUUCGUUCAGAUUUCAAUAGUUUACUGAAUGUUCUUGUACAAUAAAAAGAAAUAAAAUCAA